UGGGAGAAGCCAGUCACCAAAACGGACACCUGGAUUUGGAUGCUCUGUGGAAACUGCUUUCAUCUUGAUAAAAAGAGGUCUCUCCUGCAGCCACUAAGUGCAAGAUGGUGACAGUGCUAUUGCUGCUGUCCGUGUUGGCAGGACUCUUCACUGUGGCCAAGGGGCAAGCGUUCCAUCUCGGGAAAUGCCCAACUCCACCAGUUCAGGAGAAUUUUGACAUGAAAAAGUAUCUUGGAAGAUGGUAUGAAAUUGAGAAGAGCCCAGUGAGUUUUGAGAAAGGAGUCUGCAAUCAAGCCAACUACUCACUGAUGGAAAACGGAAACAUCAAAGUACUAAAUCAGGAGAUGAGACCUGAUGGAACUGUGAAUCAAAUUGAAGUUGAAGCCAUGCAAAGCAACGUCUCUGAGCCCGCCAAGCUAGGAGUAAAGUUUUUUCAGUUGAUGCCACCCACACCAUACUGGAUCCUGGCCACUGACUAUGAGAAUUACGCCCUGGUAUAUUCCUGUACCACCAUCAUCUGGCUCUUUCAUGUGGAUCAUGUUUGGAUACUGGGAAGAAACCCUUAUCUCCCUCCAGAAACAGUGACCUACCUGAAAGAUAUCCUGACUUCUAAUGACAUCAGCAUUGAGAAAAUGACAACCUCAGAUCAAGUGAAUUGCCCAGACUUCUUGUAAGGAAACUCUAGAGAGAGCUGCACCCUCUCCAGGCUGCUUCUUUUGCUUUGCAUUCCCUGGUUCUGUCCUUCAUAAAGACAAACCAAGCCACUGUGGCCACCACUGCAUGCACCAGAGGGGAGUUUGGCUGCAGAAGCCAAUAGAAGGAACUCACAGACAGCUGGCCCAAACCCAGCCAGACCCCACGCUAUUACCCUCCUAGCCCAAUAAUAAAUGUGUUGCUGAUCAGUUGUGCUCACAGUG